AUGGCUCAAGAUCCAAAGUCUCUCGCUGCUGGACAGUCGCAGCGCCAAAUCACUGCCGGAGUCCCGUUGAGCAUCGACGAAAACACCCCGGAGUUAUUUCGACCGCUGAGCAUUCGCUCAGUCACACUGAGAAAUCGGAUAUGUGUUUCUCCAACGUGCAUGUACUCAGUCGCAUCCUCGGGGCCUCUGACUGGUGUAAUGACCCCCCUUUACAUUACCACAAUCGGCCACAACGUUUUCAAGGGUGCUGCGCUUGCCAUGAUUGAGGCCACAGGCGUUCAACCCAAUGGCCGCAUUACACCUCAUUGUCCUGGUCUUUGGAAUGAUGCCCAGCAGACUGGACUGAAAUCAAUAGUGGAUUUCAUUCACUCCCAAGGCGGUCUUUGCGGUGUCCAACUGUCUCAUGCCGGAAGAAAGUCGAGUACACAACCUCCAUUAGUUGCUCAACAACUUGGGAAAUCAAGUGCAAGGGCGUCCAAAGAGGAAGGCGGUUGGCCUGACGAUGUGUUGGGCCCUUCAGGUGGGGUCGAACAGUCAUGGGAUGGUAAAGGGCUAGAUCCCGCCGGAGGUUAUCAUAUACCUCGAGGGAUGACCGAGUUAGAGAUCCAAGACGUAGUGUCAAACUAUGCGAAAGCAGCCCAGAGAGCUGUGAAAGCUGGGGUCGAUAUUCUUGAGAUCCAUGGUGCUCACGGUUAUCUCAUCAACCAAUUCCUCAAUCCUGUCACCAAUCGCCGAACGGAUCGAUAUGGCGGAAGCUUUGAGAACAGAGUCCGUCUGCUACUUGAAGCAAUCAUUGCCGUGCGAGCGGUGAUUCCAAAAUCCAUGCCUUUGUUUGUUAGACUCAACUGCACUGAUUGGACCGAGCAAACAGAGGCUGGAAAGAAGUUCGGAAGCUGGACAGAGGAGUCAACUCACAAGCUCAUCAGAAUGUUGCCAAAUCUGGGUGUUGACCUCGUCGAUAUCAGUUCAGGAGGAAACUACCAUUCGGCCAAACUCAACGUCUUCGAUGGUGAUCACAGUCACACCGCAAUGGCUUUGAGAAUUAAAAAGACUUUGCAAGAGGAAGGAAACAAGAUUCUGAUUGGAACUGUCGGAUUGAUUACUGAAGCCAAUCAGGCCCGGGACCUGGUACAGAGUGAUGCGAAAAGAGGGCCUGGAGUUGAUAUAAUCUCAGUUGGUCGACAAUUCCUCAAAGAGCCAGAUUGGGUUUUGAAGGUUGCUUCGGAACUUGGAGUCGAAGUCGCCUGGCCACUUCAAUUGGAACGACUCAGACCUGGACCAAUAGCUCGCAUUUAA